CCGCGAAACACGUUUCGCGUUUCUCUGAGAAAGAUUACCGCGCGAGACUUGUUUGAGUCACGUUUUUUCCUUCAUUUACAUUGGUGUGUGUGCGUAAUUAGGGUACUUCCCUGGGACGUUCUCGACCGAUCGCUCAUUUUGAUCCCGCCUCGAUCAUGUUCCUUAUCGUUCGCUUACGCUCGAUGUCAACAUUCGGAAACCAAACGCGAUCAAUUUCGAUGGCAUCGUUAUUUCUUGCGCCUCGAGUGUCAUCCCGACGUCAUGUAUCAAUCGUGCAAAUCGAUCGAAUACUGACGAUCAAGAAGGACCGUGACCUUGGAGCUCACGUGCAAGCGGGACAUGCUAGAUUCAGGGACAAUUAACGUGUUAUCUGGCGAUAAUACGCUAAUGAAGACCUUCUUAGCAGUGCUCGCUAAUCUUUAUUGUCGGCAGAAUAUAUGAUUGGUCCACGAUCGGUGCAUAAGUGGUUUAAGAAGAAAGAUAAUCCUAACUAAAUGAGUCAGCGUCUGAACUUUUUAAUAUUACUUCACAACGUUAUUACAACAGUGUCAUAUACAUUUUGCACGUUGCUUUAAAUAUCGUAACCAAAACGUGCACGUAGUGCCAAACAUCACUCUCGAAUAUAGAUGUCUACAUGAGAAAUAUAUAUCAAGAAAAAAAUCAAGAUUUCAUAGAAUAUACAGCUGAUUUAUAAGAACAACAAAGAUCGAGUAUCGGAUUUCCUUAUUCGAGGUGUCUUAUGUGACAAGUUGGCAAGUUUGAAAUAUGAUCGGGCGUCUUGCAGAAUUCUAAUAAUUUGCAGCAUUCACACGAGACGAUAUGAGAAAACGAACGAGAAUGAGAUAUUUCGUCACAUUGAUGCUUUGACAUUCAGUUAUCCAGCGACGAUCAAGAAAGAUCAAGAUCAUCUUGGACAUUUGUCAGGGUGAUUGCGGUCAUCGGGAGAUCGUUGUCGUAGGUAGCGACUUUCCCGAUCGCGCACGACAAAACAUGAACGACAGCGAGAUUUAUUUACUGAACUGGGAAGAAGAAGCAAACGCAGUAAACAACGACCUCGGCAAAAACUUUUACAAUACGAGUUAUCCUCUGUUCAACAACUCGCACGUCUCUCUCUGGGAUCUCGCCACAGAUCGAAUUGGUCUUGCGAUCGUUUUGCUGCUCUUCUCUGUCGCCACGGUCUUCGGCAACUCGUUAGUGAUACUCGCGGUGUUUCGCGAAAGGCAUCUUCACACUGCCACGAACUACUUUGUGACUUCGUUGGCCUGCGCUGAUUGCCUAGUGGGAUUAGUGGUGAUGCCUGUCAGUGCGGUGUAUGAAGUGUUGGAGAAUCGCUGGGUAUUCACGACCGACUGGUGCGACAUUUGGCGCUCGCUUGACGUUCUCUUUUCCACCGCGUCUAUCCUGAAUCUAUGUGUGAUCAGUUUGGAUCGGUACUGGGCAAUCACCGAUCCGUUCACAUAUCCGACUCGCAUGAGCAGGAAACGCGCGGCAAUCCUAAUCGCCAUCGUAUGGAUCUGCUCGAGUGCGAUCUCUUUCCCGGCAAUAGCGUGGUGGCGCGCCGUGCGCACCGAGCAAGUGCCCGAGAACAAGUGUCCGUUCACGGAGAACCUCGGCUACCUGAUAUUCUCGUCGACAAUCAGCUUUUACUUGCCGCUGUUUGUAAUGGUAUUCACAUAUUAUAGGAUUUAUCGUGCAGCCGUGAUACAGACGAGAAGUCUGAAACUCGGCACGAAGCAAGUGAUGAUGGCCUCGGGCGAGCUCGAGCUCACGCUGAGAAUACACCGGGGCGGUGCCACUAACACUGACGCCCGGCAUCUUUUUCGCACCACUUCGAGCACACCUGAAGAUCUCCAAGAUCUUGAGGAACCGUUAACAGUACCGCUCCACAACAAUGGCCUUACCGGAGUGCCAUCCACGCGGGUUAACAACAAGCAGCACAUAGGCAAAAAUUUCUCUCUUUCGCGCAAGCUCGCCAAGUUUGCCAAAGAGAAGAAGGCGGCGAAAACGCUUGGUAUUGUAAUGGGUGUCUUUAUUAUUUGUUGGUUGCCAUUCUUUGUUGUGAAUCUGUGGUCGGGAUUCUGCACAAAAUGCAUCUGGCAAGAGGAAAUAGUAUCCGCCGCUGUCACGUGGCUCGGCUGGAUUAAUAGUGGGAUGAAUCCCGUGAUUUACGCUUGUUGGAGCAAAGACUUUCGUAGAGCUUUCGUCAGGAUUCUGUGUUAUUGUUGUCCCAGACGAAUGAAACGACGGUAUCAACCGGCAUUCAGAUGUAAACAUAAAAGCCAGUACAUUUCCGGAGUGGGGACGGGAGGACAGGCAAGCAACGUGAGCUACAGCAGCGUCAGUCAGAGCAGCGACGGAGGUGUGUGCGCGAUCGGAAGUGGACUCUCUAGCGGCGGUAUAUGACGUCACACAUCGGCCCGAACGGGGCCACGUCGAGAUCGGGCUAUUCGAUUCCGUGACGCGUGAUCGAAAAUCUAACUGGAGAGAUUGAAAACUUUUUGAGAAAUCGUCUCACGCAACUCUUAGCUUCAUUAGUAUGAGAAAAUAUUAAGAUCGAUCGUGUCAAAAGCGUUGUUAGCGUAUUUUGAAAUGCUUGAAAAGUGUGAUACGUCGUCACUAUUACACAUACCUGCAAUAAAAAAUUCGAAAAUAUCCGAAGAAAUGCAAAGAUAACUCGUAAAAAAUGUUAUCUAAGUUGUAUCUGAAUCGCGAAAUAUUUAAAAAAUAAAAUUUCCUAUGUACUUAAACACAGCGGAUUUAUAAGAGCGCUUACUUGCUGUGUGUUAGAACGAGUUCUUGGACAUUCUCAUUUGUAUAAAAAUUGUAUUAACGAGCAACUUUCGAGGCGCUUUUUGAAAUAUUCCGUCGCUAUGUUAUUUCUCUAAAAAACAAAGUGUUAUAAGAACACUUUGAGUGUUAUAAGAACACAAGAAAUUAAAUCGACGUAGAGGUAAAAAAUUCGACUUGGUCAGUUCGGAAAUAAUGCGCUGCAAGAGACUGAGAUUCUAAAUGUUCUGUUCAUGUAUGUUAGAUAAAUCUCUUACAAAGGAAAACAAAACACUAUAUCCUUUUACACGUAAAGUUUCAACAAAUUAAAAUUUUCCGAAGACUGGUUGCACUACUGUACUACCUCUGAUUAUACUCGACUUUCGCGAUUGAGUUAACGCGAUACACAAUUAUUGGAUCAUUAAAUAUAAAACUUGACGUAUAUAUAUUUGUCAAGUUUCAUACUUAAUGAUCCAGUAUAAUAUACUAUAUAAAAAGCAUCAAUAUGCGAAAAUAAAAUAAUGCUAAUAAAGCGACUAGGAUCAAUUAUCUGAUUGUUACUAGUGCGACCGCGCGCGCAAAACUAUAAUUGUGUGUAAGACCAAACUAGAUACCUCUGUGACAAAUUACAUAGACUUGACCAUUCAACAACAUUUAAUUGUUUGAUAGUAAAAAAAAACACACACAUACAUAUAUAUUAAUGUAAAUAAGUAACAAACAAUAAGUAUAUAUAGUGAAUAACUAAUAUUCGAACACCACACAAGUUUUGUCGCGGUAUAGUCUAAGA